AUGGGCCUAGCCCGUCUUCUAGUCCCUAGGAGGAAAGAGAACGCAUUUAAUGCUCUACUAUUAAUUUUUUGUUGUUUCCUUAUUUAUUAUUAUUAUUAUGUUGUUGCUCCGCGACAUAUAGCAGAGAGAGAAGCUGAAGAAUUACUUGAAGAUCCAUAUAAGCAUGGUAGUUUACGUAGAGGAAUUCGUUAUGACAGACCUAAUCUUGCGAAAGCUCCUAACGGACCUGGCGAGAAAGGAGCUGCUGUUACUCUUACUGGAGUUGAAAAAGAAUUGGGACAAAAAGAUAUGAAGACGUGGUUUAUGAAUGUGCGAGCGAGCGACAAGAUAUCUUUGGAUCGAACGAUACCUGAUGCACGUAGGGAUGAAUGUAAAGCAAUUGAUUACGAUCUCAAAAACUUGCCAAAGGCUUCUGUUGUUAUAAUUUUCACUGAUGAAGCAUGGUCGCCUCUGUUGAGAACAGUUCAUUCCGUUGUGAAUCGAAGUCCUCCGGAGAUUCUCGAAGAAGUAAUUCUUCUCGAUGACAACAGUCAAAGGGAAGAGCUGAAAGGACAGCUAGAUGAUUAUAUCAGAAUUUUCGAUGGAAUAGUGCGUAUUGUGCGUAAGAACGUUCGUCAUGGUCUCAUAAGAGCAAAACUGGCUGGGGCUCGUGAGGCUGUUGGAGAUGUUGUGAUUUUCCUCGAUUCACAUUGUGAGGCAAAUACAGGAUGGUUAGAGCCGUUGGUCCAAAGAAUCCAUGACAACCCGAAGGCAAUAGUAUGUCCUGUCAUUGACCAUAUAAAUGCUGAAAACAUGGCUUAUCAAGGAGAUAAAUACGCAACAUCUGUUGGAGGGUUUUCUUGGGCUUUGCAUUUCACAUGGGAACCCUUGCCUCAAUCUGAGAUCGAGAGAAGAAAAUCCACAACUGAGUAUAUAAGAUCCCCAACUAUGGCCGGAGGGUUACUAGCUGCUGAUCGUAAGUACUUCUUCGAAGUUGGUGGUUACGACGAGGAAAUGGAUAUCUGGGGGGGAGAGAACCUAGAAAUAUCCUUUAGGGUGUGGAUGUGUGGAGGUUCGAUAGAAUUCAUACCAUGCUCACAUGUAGGACACAUAUUCCGAGCAGGCCAUCCUUACAACAUGACAGGACGUGGUGGAAACAAAGAUGUCCACGGCACGAAUUCAAAACGAUUGGCAGAGGUUUGGAUGGAUAACUACAAAAGGCUCUAUUAUUUGCACAGACCAGAUCUGAUUGAUAAAGACGUUGGACCAUUGAAUGAUCGUAUCGAACUCAGGGACCGUUUGGGAUGUAAAUCUUUCAAAUGGUAUUUGGAUAACAUCAUUCCUGGAAAGUUUAUUAUGGAUGAAGAUGUUCAAGCCUACGGAACUCUGCAUACUUUUGUUGGAGGCUACCGUAUGUGUAGUGACACUCUGCAAAGAAACGAAAAAAGUAACUUCUAUCUGGGUGUUUUCCCUUGUCAAGGCAAAGGAAGCUCUCCUCAGAUAAUGUCGUUAGCAAGAACUGGUGAACUUCGCAGAGAGACAGUUUGUGCUACGGCUAGUGAUGUAAAUACACUUCGAACUCGUGGAAAAAUUUUAAUGACAAAAUGCCACGAAAACGUGGACAAAUGGACAUUUGAGUAUUCCAUGAUCAAACACGUAAAAACGGGUUUGUGCAUCUCCACCAGAGAUUUGAAAGCUGGAGAUGACAUAUUUCUUGCAACAUGUGAUAGUGGCGAUCAACACCAAUUCUGGAGAUUCACAAGUCCCAAAUGA